AUGCCGUACAUUUCUGCCAAGAAGAAUAUAAUGCGCUGUAAAACUGAACGGAUGCUGGCAUUAUGCCAACAUUUCAAAUUUUGGGGAGAGUUGCGUGGUAGUAGUUGUUUAAGCUGCAAUGAGUUAACACAGUCACUCACUCAUCGAGGACAACUGCUUGACAUGGAAGCAGGAAGAGAUGAGACGCAAAUGCAGGUUCCACCAACCGAAGCAGCUGUGACAGUUGAUGAGAAGUUGGAUGUGAAAACUGCACUGCGAAGAGCUCUGAAAUCAGCAAUCGUCAUGGAUGGAGUAGCUAAGGGUCUUCAUGAAGCCGCCAAAGCUCUCGAUAAGCGCCAGGCAUAUUUUUGUGUCCUGGCUGAGAACUGUGACGAACCAAUGUAUACCAAGCUAGUGGAAGCACUGUGCAAUGAGCAUCAAAUACCACUGGUUAAAAUUAAGGACAAAAAACAGCUGGGGGAAUGGAUUGGUUUAUGCAAAUACGACAAAGAGGGGAAAGCUCGAAAGGUAGUAGGGUGUUCGUGCGCAGUCGUGCGCGACUAUGGCCAAGAUGAUGUUGCACGCGCAUUUCUUCAGGAAUACUUUGAUAGUCAAAAGAAAGGCUGA